AUGUCUUCUGAGGACGAAUGUGAUUUUUCUAAUGGAGUCAACUCUCCAAAAUCAAUUGAAUUUGUGGAAGACGAUUUAAAUAUUGAUAUCGAGAUUCUUAUCAGCGAAGUCCAAGCAAGGUCUUUACUUUGGGACAAAAGUUUAAAUAAUUAUUCUGAUAGGUAUUUAAAAAGAGCUGCUUGGAAAGAAAUUUUUAUUUUGUUAUACCCAGAUUACAAAGAAGUAUCAAGUCAACAUCAAAAAUUAAUAGGAAAUAAUAUAGAGAAGAAAUGGAGAAAUGUUCGAGAUGCAUUUAUUAGAAGUUUAAAUGAAGAUAAGCCAAAAUCAGGCGAUGGCGCCAGGAAAAAAUCCAAAAAAACAUACUUAUAUUAUGAUGAAUUAAGAUUCCUCAUUAAAACAAUAACCCCACGAAAGACUUCAAGCUCUAUUAAUUUAAAUAAUACUGCAUAUGACAAUAUUGAGAAUGAUACUAUAAAUGACAAUGAUAUUGCGAAUAAUACUAUAAAUGCUUAUAUUUAA